AUGGAUAGAGGUAUUAAUGGUACCUUUAUUACAUUGAUUCAAAAGAAACCAGAGGCUCUAAAGGUUGGAGAAUAUCAUCUAAUUUCAUUAUGUAACACAUUCUAUAAGGUUAUUGCAAAGAUUCUUUCCAAUAGAUUGGCAAGUGUGUUGGGUAGGAUUGUUGGUAAAGAACAGACAGCUUUUGUUCAGGGAAGAAGAAUUCAGGAUAACAUCAUUAUGGCUCAUGAACUCUUGAAAGGUUUUGGAUCAAAAUUUGCUAAACCGAAGUGUAUCUCUUCAGUUUGGUUUUUAGUUAUUGUUAAUGGCUCUCCUUAUGGGUUUUUUCAACCAGAGCGAGGACUAAAACAUGGUUGUCCUCUAUCUUCCUUGCUUUUUACUUUAGUUAUUGAGUAUUUUUCUGGAACGAUUGCAGCAGAGGUACAGUGCGGUAAGAUUAUUCCAACACAGGCUGCAAUACAAGCUGGUCUAGCUAUAAGUAAGGAGAAAUCUGAGGUGUUCCUCAUUGAUUUUGUUGAAAGAAGGGUUGAAAUUGUUAGAAGUCUUGGUUGUAAAGUUGGAAAUUUUCCAUUUACAUACCUUGGGGUGCCAAUUUUUGACAAAAUGUUGCAUACCAGAGACUGCAAUGACUUGAUUGAUAAAGCUACAUCUCAACCCUCUGGUUCCCUUGAAGAUUCUUCAAUCGGGCUUGGACCGGCCUUUACAGGUGUGGCCCCUUCCGAGUUGGCAGAGUUCUACCCUUUCGAUACGUCUCCUCUCCCCUUUGAUUUGGAGUUCCCUCUUAUUUUAAAGAAAGUAAAGCCCUCCUUCAGUAUAAGGAAUUGGCCACCAUAUCGUUCCUCUUGGACUUUCUGGGUGAAUCGUCUUUCCAAAGAUGAAAAGAUUUCCUCACAGUGGAAAAAAACAAGAAAUCUUGGAUAUUAUCCAUAUUAG